CUCCAUGACUUACUCUAUGCAAAUGCAAAUUGCAAAUGGCCGUCGGCAACGUGACGCAGUUAUUUAUCCGUCAAAAAUCAACUGAAAGUACAAGGGUUUAAGGACGUGAAAUAAAAAGAAACGUGCUUAUUAUUAUAUAGAACGCUUUCCUUGGUGUGAAUUCGGUGUAAAACAAUCACAAACCUGUAAUCUUACUUUACCAGCUAUUUGUAUUAUAAUACUUCAAUAACUGGUAUUUUUCUUAGAUAAACAAUGGGUUCUAAAAAACAUAAGAAAGAGUCCAAAAAGAAGAAGCACAGGAGUCGUUCGCGUUCCCCAUUGGAUGUCGAAGAACGUGAAAGAAAACGGCACCACAAGAAACACAAAGAUCGCAAGAAGGAUCGCUCUCCUGAUGUGGAGGAGGUGCCGGUGGACUCGCACCUGCUGCCCGCUGCGGAAGCCGCCUCCAGCCGCAGCCGCAGCCGUAGCUCCAGUGCGCAACGUCACACCUCCAGAGAACAUGAAAAAGAGCAGUCUCCGUCGAGGGGCGGCGGCGCGCAGGAGAGCCUCUCCAUCGAGGAGAGCAACCGGCUGCGAGCCAAGCUCGGCCUCAAGCCCCUCGACCUCGCAGAGAAGACGGCAGAUGACGGCAAGAUCAAGGACGACCUGGGCGAGUUCUACCACAAGCCGGCGAGCAACAUCGCGCAGCAGAAGAAGGCGGACAAGCUGCGGGAGAAGCUGGAGGUGCGCCGCGAGAAGAGGAAGCUGGAGCAGAAGCUGCAGACGACGCUGCUGGCGGAGGAGUCGGACGACGAGGAUGCCAUCGCCUGGGUCAAGAAGUCCCGCGAGAUUGAGGAGCAGAGGAAAGCGGCAGAUAAGAGGGCGGCGCUGCUGGACGAGCUGGACGCGGCGUUCGGCGUGGCGGCGCUGGUGCAGGAGCGGCAGGCGCACGCGCAGCAGACGCGCUACUCCAACGCGCACCUCAAGGGGCUGCGCGUCGCGCACGACAUACACGCGCUGGGCGAGGAGCGCGAGGUGGUGCUGACGCUGGCGGACGCGCCCGUGCUGGCGGAGGACGCGGAGGACGUGCUCGUCAACGUCAACAUGCUGGACGACGAGCGGUACAACAAGAACAUAUUGGAGCGCAAGAAGGCGGCGGCGGGCUACCAGCUGAUGAAGAAGAUGAGCUCGACGGACACGCCGCUGGGCACGCUGCAGAUGCUGCAGGAGAAGCAGCGCGAGACGCACUCGCCCUACGUCGUGCUCAGCGGCGCCAAGCGCGAACACAAGUAG